CUGUCAGUAGAUCAUCGAAUUAUUACCAUAUUUUCAUUAUCACAAUCCAUACAAUUUUGACCCGUCAUUACGUUAGUUUGUGACUUGGUUCUAUUGAAUUUAGAAUUAUUGACAUAAUUAUAGUGAAUAUACGGUAGUAGCACAGACUAUAUUAAAGUAACUCAGCAUUCCAGCAUGCUUUAAUUAAUAUGGCUAACAAGUAACAAUAGUUGACGUUAUAAAACGUUAUUAUUAAUUAUGAAAGUAUGAUACUUUCAAAGUAGUGCAAUAGUUUUUUUUUUUUUUUAUAGCCAAAUACCGAAAGUCAAACAGAAAUGGCUCCUAAAAAGAAAACUAUCAAUGCUUAUUCAGUAUUCAUGACAGAAACUCAACAGAAAUUAUCAAGUAAGGGGGUUAAAGUAAGCUUGACUGAUAUGUCAGAGUAUUGUAAAAAAGAUUGGGAAAAUAUGUCUGAUCAAAUGAAAGAAAAGUAUAAAAUAAAAGCUAAAAAUAUGAAAGGUGAAGAAAAAGCAGCCAAAUUUACUUCGAUUGGUGAAAAGGUAGAUGAUGUUCAAAAACAAUCAGAUGAUACUAAAUUUCAAGCAAAUGCUAUGUAUGCAUAUAUAAAAGAAUUGCUCGACAUGCAACCAUCCAAUUUUUAUCUUCCUAAGCAAAAAUUCAUUUUGAUUCAUAUAAACCCUUAUACAUGCGAGAAAGAAGGAUUUUAUUUUCCUGCUGAAAUUUCGUUAGCCGAGUUUUCUUUAGAUAAAGGCUUAAUACGUAUUUUUCAUCAAUUAAUUGGAUUUGAUCAAACCAGAGCAAAAGCUCCAAAAGCCUCAACAGGGGAUAUAAACAUGCAUGCUGCUAAUAAUCAUAAGAUUAACGUAUUUUCAAUGUUUCCAAAUAAUUACACAGAAAUAUUAUUAAAAAUAAUUGGUUUUAUUAUGAACAAAGAAGUUGAUGAAGCCGUGCUAAAUGACUCAACAUUAGAUAUGCCACCAGUCUAUACUGCACACACACCUAUUGGAAAUGAAUUAAUGAUUACUAGUACUAGUUUGUUUAAGUUGUUUGCAAGUGCAGUAAAGAAUGCUGAUAGAAAUUAUUUCAAUAAUAUUAUUAAGGUUUACCAUUUGGAUAAACUAUUUAUGGAACUAAAAAAUAGAUGUCAUCAAAUUCGACAUCCAGAAGAAACAGAUGAUUUAGCUAUACCUUCUGUUGCAAUGGCUACCGAUAAUUUGACAAAAGAUGUAUAUAGCAUAAUUAAUUCAAUUGGUUGUAAUUAUCAUGAAAAACUAGAAUACUCUCAUGCUUGUAGUAACUUUUUUGUAUGCAAGUGGAUAUACAUUUUAUCAGCACAUUGUUGUCGUUAUUUUGACAUAAAACUUAAAUCUGGUUGCCAUUAUGAUUUUGAUUUAUCUGAAAUAGAAAAUAUAACUGAAGAAAAUUUUGAUAAGAUCAAUAUUUCUAAGUUUUCUGAUGAUUUUUUAAAUGAUACAGAAACAGAUAAACAAAAAACUUCAGUAAUUAAUCAUUUUCCAGCACUUGAAAGUAAAUUAUCAACUGUUAUUCAAAAACCUGUAUGGAAUAAACCAGAAUAUAAAGCAAAUACAAAUAGUAAAACUAUAACAAAUAAAGCAAAUGACUUUCCUCCACUUGGUGAUUCAAAAACUGUUAAAGAAAAUACUACAAUUGAAACAAACAACUGGCAUAAGAAUGCUGGUCGUGGCAGAGGUGUUAUUAGCCAAAUUCAAAAUAAUAACAUUAACCAAUUAAAUGAAAACUCAAAGCAAUCAUACAAAGGAAGAGGACAUUUUAUAGAUAAAAAUAAAUAGGUUAGAAAUAAUGGCUAUAAAAUCAUUCAUUAUUAAAUUUUUAAUUUCUAAUUAAAAAAAAAAUUAUUUUUAAUACUAAAACAAUUAU